AUGGACGGCGGUCUUUGUUCCGGGGCGGCGGCGGAUGACAGCCCCGCUUCUAGUCCGAGCUCCAGCCCCAGUCCGGACGGCCGCCGCCGGGAGCUCCACCGGGCCCGAGGGCCGCUUCAGGCCGGCGGCGGUGGCGGGGGGCUCGGCGGCAGAGGCCGGCCGGCGGCGGCGAACGCGGCGCGGGAGAGGAGCCGGGUGCAGACCCUGAGGAACGCCUUCCUGGAGCUCCAAAGGACUUUACCGUCCGUGCCGCCGGACACCAAACUGUCCAAACUGGACGUGCUGAUUCUGGCCACCACAUAUAUCGCCCAUUUAACCCGAACUCUCCAGGAGGAAGGAGCAGAGGAGGGGGAGAGUAAACAGACGGAGGCGUUACACUCCCUGAAAGGUGACGGCUACCUGCACCCAGUAAAGAAAUGGCCCAUGAGGUCCAGGCUGUAUGUGGGAGCCUCUGGGCAGUUCUUGAACAAUAAUCCUGCAGAGUCAGAGAAUCAAGGCCCAUCAUCCUCCACCUCCCAAUAA